AUGUCAAAAACAAUUGGGCUCUUGUGCCUGGUGUUGGCGUUUGUCCAUCAAGUAUACGGUAGGUUGUCGAGGACGAAACAUAAUUAAUAUUUUUAAAAAAUCAUCGAGUUCAGGUGACUGCAAUCCCGAGUUCUUUGCGCGAGGAAUCCGAUAUGAUCAAGCUGUUGAGAUAGAUUUCUAUUACACAGGGUGAGUAUGUGACAAACUGGUAUUCUUGCUAGGGAAUUAUGGAAAUGAAUUGAGAACCUAAAUUAUUUUCGAGUCUAUCUAUCCAAUCUCCAUUUCCUUUCUUCUCCACUCACCUGUUCUUUUAGGAUCAAUCUGGCGACGGUUAAAGAAUGCGCCAGCUUCUGUUCGCAACGCGAAUUCUGUCGAAGUGCCGUGUACAAUACGCGCACGAAAACAUGCGGAAUUUCCUAUGAAUACACUGUUGCGUGUGCCUCGAGAACACAAAGAUACAAGGAUUUCCAGUUGGAGGAGGGAUCAGGAACUGAUCUCGUCCAGAUCGCUUGUGUGGAUGAUUGUAGAAAUCAUGAUGAGAAGGAGACUGAUAAGAAGGGAAAGAAAGUGCCGGUAAGUGGACUAGCCUACGACCUAGUUAUCGUUGUCUCUUCUUCCAGGUUGGAAUAAUCACUGGUGAGCCGAAUGACGGUCAGCAAAAGGACAAGGACUUCUCCUCAUCCUCCUCGAACACAAUCACCGAUCCCCUGACAACUCCAUCAGUUUCCAAAGUGUCUCAAACCACUUCCAACGUGGAUUCUGACCGCCCACGCGCCGAGGGAUACGUCACCCGUCUGAUUCUCGCCAACAUUAGUGGACUGCAAGAGGGUGGAACCGGAUCGGUCGAACCGCUCACCCUCCAACAGAAUGACGCAAGUGUCGCAAAGGAGGGUAAUAAAGGUGAGAAUAUAGAAAGGAAGAAAGUUGGGUUCUCACUUACUCUUUACAAUUCGUAACGCCCCGGCGAAUUACUAGGACAUUCUUCUAUAUGUAUGGUUUCAGGUAAAGGACCCGUAUGCUACCGUACCAUCCGUCACCGUUAUCUCCUCGGCGCCAGUUUUGCGGAGCACGACGUGGAUUCGGUGAAUGACUGUCGUUGCUUGUGUGCUGCCACUUAUCAGCUGAACGGCGGAAAGUACAAGUGUCAAUCCUUCCAAUUUAGAAACAAAACUUGCACUUUGAACAGAGGAAAUCACUUGUGAGUCCGAGUCAGGUGGAUCCGAUUAACUAGAUAUGAUUCCAGGGGACAAUACGAUUUGAUCGAGCAGCGCAAGACAUUGUACCAGUAUGUCGGAUGUGAUCCACAGAUUCUUGUCGAAACUGCUUCUUCCAAGUGUCCAAACUUCAAAUCCGCUUCUGAAGUGACCACGAAAAAGCCGAAAGUUGAGCUGGUAACCGCUGAGACAGUAGAGGGAGAAAAGAAAAAGACGACCACCAAGAAACCGGCCACUACUACCAAAAAACCAAUCACAACGACUAAAAAACCAGAAAAAACAACUGUCAAGCCUAAAACUACCACCAAGGCACCGACCACAACAACUACUACCGUGGCACCAACUACCACUAGCGAAGAACCGAAGAAAGCGGCAAGACCAACUGGAAAUGAUGUUGGAGAAGAAAACGAGAUCACUCCAGCGGAAAUAGUUAUUAGUAAGUUCUAACGAGUCCAAAUUUAUGUUUAACCUCUCAAAACGUUCUAGAGAAAGAUGGAUGCUUCGAGAUUAUUCCUGACCAUUUGAUGGUUAGUGUUGCUGGCGGACUUGAACAUGACGUUUCGAUUGUAGAGUGUGAAUGCAUGUGUGCUAACAGCAAGUAAGAAUUCUCUCACUAUACCUAUAACAUUUCCACAAUUCUUAGAAAAUCCGGUCGUUACGAGUUCCAAUGUCGCUCUGCAACUUAUUACCACACCGAGAAGGAUUGUAUUCUCAACUUGGAGGACAGAAACAUAAAGAGCAAGCUGUUCGAGAAACAGUUCACCAGCCUCAAUGUCUCCUACAUCGGUCUCACAUGUGGCGUCGAUGAAUCUGUGAAGAGUCUGGAGUCGCUGCCAACUUCCGAAUGCCGUAGAACUACAUCGGAAACUUCCUCAGUUGUCCCAAAAGAGUCAAAGGCUAAGAAGAAUGGAUUGAAAUCCGAUGAAUGCUACGUGGAACUGAACGAUUUUGUCUUGGAGGGAACUGCGAUCGCGGUCGAGACUGCAGUCACGGCUGAGGUAACUUGCAUUCAAGAUUUAUCUCUGUAUAUCCUCUUUUAGGAAUGCAAAUGCAAGUGCGCCGAGGGACAAAAGUUGUACGGAGAGGAGUGCGCAUCGUUCCUGUACUAUUAUGACAGUAAGACCUGUCUGAUCAACAAGCAGAACAGGUUAGCCUCGAGAUUUCGGGAUUUUGACUUGGAUUUAGAAAACGUGGAAACUUUUUGCAGAUUCUCCAACCCGGAAAAGUUUAACUUCGUCCCUAGCAUCAAUCAGUCUAGAAGUUACUUCGAAUGGACCUGCGCGAACAAAGACACCGCCCGAAGCAAGUAUCUUGCCGAUGUUUGCAAGGUUGAGCCGGAAAAAGUCGAAGGAAACUUGCUAAACAGUGAAAGUGACCCGGUCGAAGUGAAGCAAGACGAGAAAAUGGGCGAGAAUACAGGGCGCAUGAAGAGAUUGGACGAGAAGGAGUUCUUGGACAAGAUUGAGAAGGUUGUGGAGUCUCAGGAGGAACUUGAGAGACAGAAUGAGAAGAAAGAAGACAAAAAGGCUAAAUCUGAACACAUUUUGGAUACGGAUGAGGUGUUGAAGAAGAUUGAGGAGGUUCAUAAGAAGAUUGAAGAGGCGACUACCCCCACCACCACCACCACCGAGGAGCCGAGCACUACAACUACAGAAGUUCCGAAGAAAGAAGAAGUUGAGAUGAAACCAGUUGAUGAGAAGAUUCUUAUGGAGAAAAUCAACGAGGCAGUUGGAAAACUGGAAAGAGCUGAAGAGAUAGAGGAAGAAACUACGACUACCACUGAACAACUAGAAGCCACCACUACUGCUCAAUUGAUUCUGAAUAAGAAGAGUAUGAUAUCAAGGCACCCAACUGAUUUGAAUCGUAAUUUUUCAGAGAAUUCGCACAAGGAGGUCAAAAAGCAUGGUCCCAUUGACCCUACCAAUGGUAGAAAUGGAACUGUGGCCAUGAAGACGGUUGACGAGAAGUCUCUGGAGAACUUGCUAAAACAAAAAGUAGUGGAAGGGGCUAUACUGGACAGUGAGGAACAAGAAGACGGCAAGGAAGAGAAGGACCCGAAUAAAGUGCACAUGAAGAGAGUUGAAGAAGAUGUACUCGAAAAAAUUGCCAAGAUGGAAAUCCCUGAGCCCAGUGCCGAGCAGACGCCCUCUUCUUCAUCAAGCUCUUCCGCAGAAGUUGGAAAGAGCAGCGAAUCGACGACACCAACUCAGAAACCGAAGAAAUACAGCAUUCCGGAAGCUGAAGGGCUCGAAGAUGAGGAUGUGGAGGAGCAUAUUGGAGAGGAGCUGAGCACCGGUUUGGAUGAUGAACCAACUAGCGAACCAGCACCAGAGACCACUGAAACCAUCAGCACCACUACCGCGAGCGCUGACACAACUACCAUCGCUAAGUUUGUUUCCAUCAAACUACAUAGAAGUUCACUCAAAAUGUUUUCAGACAAAAAGCCAGUGGUGUGAAGACUCACAAGUUUGACGAAAAAGUUGACAAAAGUGGAAUGCCGCUUCCAAGAAUCACAACGACCACGGAACCGACAACCACCACCGCCGGAUACCCUCCAGCUGGCCGUUGCUCCUACUCUGCCCUUUACCAGACCUCCUUCCUCGGACGCAGACUUCUCAAGGCUGUUCGUGUUAAGACCCCCGCUGAUUGCUUUGCCGCCUGCUAUGCAUUGAGAUGCCGAUCUGCAAAUCUUAUUGCCCAGGGUAACAUUUUGAAAACAAAACUUUCCGUAUACGCAAACCGUGUUCCAGGCGAGUUCAACAGCUGCGAACUGUACCGUGACUCUCUGAUCGACUACCGUAGACCUGAUAUGAUCGGAUAUGACGCCGCGACCGUGUAUUUCGAUGGAAUCAACUGCGAUGGAAAUGGAAACAACUAA